AUGGCUUCCCCAACCCUCAAACUCAAUUCCGGCCAUGAAAUGCCACAAGUCGGUUUCGGCUUAUGGAAAGUCGACAACGCCACUUGCGCUGACACAGUCUACAACGCCAUCAAAACCGGAUAUCGACUAUUCGACGGAGCAUGCGACUACGGCAACGAAGUCGAAGCCGGACAAGGAGUCGCGCGGGCCAUCAAAGAAGGCCUCGUCAAACGCGAAGACCUCUUCAUCGUCUCCAAACUCUGGAAUUCCUUCCAUGACGGCGACCGCGUGGGACCCAUUACCCGCAAACAGCUCGCAGACUGGGGCAUUGAUUAUUUCGAUCUGUUUAUUGUGCAUUUCCCCGUUGCGCUGCGCUAUGUAGAUCCAUCUGUGCGUUAUCCGCCCGGAUGGCAGUACAGUGACAAGGAAGGCGAUGUGCAACAAUCCAAAGCGAGUAUUCAGGAGACGUGGCAGGCGAUGGAGAAAUUGGUCGAUGAGGGGUUGGCGAAGAGUAUUGGAGUGAGCAAUUUCCAAGGAGCGUUGUUGAUGGAUUUGUUGAGAUAUGCGAGAAUUAGACCGGCGACGUUGCAGAUUGAGCAUCAUCCAUAUUUGGUGCAGAGUACUUUGUUGAAGUUGGCCGAGAGUGAGGGAAUUAAGGUUACUGCUUACUCAUCAUUCGGUCCACAAUCAUUCAUCGAGCUUGGAUGGGAUCACGCUCAAAAGACUCCACCUCUUUUCGAGCAUCCAGAUAUCUUGAAGAUUGCUGAGAAGACCAAGAAGACUCCUGCUCAAGUUUUGUUACGCAGCUGGGCAACCCAACGCGGCCUCGCCGUCAUCCCUAAAUCCAACAACCAAUCCCGUCUGGAACAAAACUUACACGUUACCGAUUUUGAUUUGGAGAAGGAAGAUUUAGAUUCCAUUUCUAAAUUGGACCGAAAUUUGAGAUUCAACAACCCUACUGAUUAUCUCGGAACAUUACACAUUUUCGCAUAA